UAUAUGUAACAGCGGGCGCACGUUGAAGCAGCACCGGCGAAGACUUUUAAAAUGACGGUAUUUCACGACGAGGUCGAAAUAGAAGAUUUUGAGUACGAUGAAGAAACAGAAACUUAUUAUUUCCCUUGUCCAUGUGGCGACAGAUUCGCGAUAACGAAGGAGGAUCUUGAGAAUGGUGAAGAAGUGGCCACCUGUCCAAGCUGUUCACUAAUAGUAAAAGUAAUUUAUGAUAAGGAGCAGUUCAUGUGUGGAGAAGUAAUUGAAGCACCUAAAACAUCAGAAAACAAACUGGAGUUGGCUCAGAGCUGAGACGCUGAUGUGACUCCUUCAACUGAUAAUGGACUGUCAUUUCACACUCACUACAUAUGCAGAUGUUUUCUGAAGAAACCGACUGGAUCUCAUGAACUUGAUACAUUUAAUGCCAGAAUUUUGCACAUGAAUUACAAUUCUUUUGAAGAUAUUUAUUUUUUUAGAAACUUUUAAAUAUAUGCUGUGUUCUUGCUGCAAAAAAAAAUGCACAAGAAUUAAUCUGGAGUUUGAACAUAUGUAUGUUUAUUAUAAAGACUUUUUUGUUGCCUUUUCUAAAAUGUCGCUUGCUGCUCCUUGUCAGUCAGUAGAUACUGUUGUUGUUGUUUUUUUUUCACAAUUUUAUUCCUCUUUUACCAGAUCUGUCUUCUCUAGCAUUUUAAAACUGAAAAUGACUUGGAACUGUGGAUCUUUCCACACUUUCGGCAUUUAACAUCAUGAGGCACAAUGAACAAAAUACAAGUUUACCACAUGAUUUAAAA